UAUGAAAUCAAGAAGCCGUUCCCGCAGUCGAACUAAACGCGAUAGGAAAAGAACCAAUCGUGCAACCAGUUCCCGUUCUAGCUCAUCUAGCAGUGAUAACAGCGCUAGUAGUGGAUCCAGUAAUAGCCGCAGUAGCAGAAGUAGCAGCAGCAGUACCGUCAGAAACCACAAUGCAAAAGACAAACACAGGCGAAGUGUUGAACCGAGAAAGACAGAUAAGCUGUCUGAAAGAAGACGAUCACGGUCACCAAAACAUAAGGAAAAUGCUUCAAAAGACCGUCGAGAUGAUAUGCCGUCAUCGUCGAGGAAUCGUCAUACAGACAACCGUAGGCGCCAAUCGAGAAGUCCGGAACGGAAACGAGUAGAGUCACGUUAUCGGGACGAUGAGCGUCACAAUCGACGAUCCCAUAGUCCCCGUGAGGAGCGAAACGAUGAUAGGCGACAGAAGGAUAGGAAUCGGCACGACGAAGAUUCACGCCACACUCAACGGCACAGAACUCGCAGUCCACGCGAACGAAGGGAUCGAUCCGUUGAACGCUCUCGGCGCUCUCGAGACGAUCGUAGCACAAGGCGCAAUGAAACGGACCGAAGAAAUGGACACGAACAGGCAAAAAACUGCCGCAAUCGGUCACGAAGUCCACGCAACCGUAGAGGUUCCUCCCGAAACGAUCGUAAAGAACGGUCCGACGAAGACGAGCAAGAUCAGCGUAACGAGUAUGGCGCACGGGGACAACAGAAACGCUGGAUGCAUGAUAUGUACGAAACGCACGAUUCACAGCGUAACGUGGAUCGUAGCUUCCGCCGUCCGAAUCGUGACCCGAUGGAUGAUGAUUUUAUGCAAUCCCGCCGUUUGCAGCGUGAAAUAAUUGGCACCGAGGGAGCACCGGAUGCGUGGGGCGAUUCCCCAUCGGAGGGCAACAGUUCCGACGAGGAGCUGGAACAGUCCAAGGGUACUUCGAAGCACAAAAAAAGCACCAAGGUGAAGAAAAAGUCGUCGAAACAUAAAUCGAAGAAGGAUAAGAAAAAGAAAAAAUCUUCCAAAAAGUCUAAAAAGUCUAAAAGCUCGAAGAAAAAGAAACAAAAAGCUAAAAAGAUAGAAUCGUCGGCCUCGUCGUCUGUAUCAUCGUCUUCGGAAUCCGGCUCGGAAACGGACGGUGAGGAAGAGGUUUGGGUGGAAAAAUCGGAAGCAAGCGCAACAGCGAAAGGUUCGGGUUCGAUAACGCAAACCGCCAGCUCGCAGGUCCGCUCGCUCGAGGAGGACGGAGACAAUGUGGUGGGACCGGUGAAAACGAGCGGUAACUUGAGCCAGAAAGAUUUCGGCCGCGCUUUGCUGCCGGGUGAAGGUGCUGCCAUGGCUGCAUACGUCACGGAAGGCAAGCGUAUUCCGCGGCGUGGUGAGAUUGGGCUUACGUCCGACGAAAUUGCCAACUUCGAGCAGGUUGGGUACGUGAUGAGCGGUAGCCGGCACCGGCGUAUGGAAGCCGUCCGUAUACGUAAAGAAAAUCAGAUUUACUCGGCGGACGAGAAGCGUGCGUUGGCCAUGUUUAGCAAGGAGGAGCGACAGAAGCGCGAAAACAAAAUCCUGACCCAGUUCAAGGAGAUGAUCACCGCCAAGUUAUCGGAAAACAAAAAGUAA